ACGGUUGAAGCAAACCAGCCAAACACCUCUCUCUCUUCUCACAGAAUAACCGCCGCAAGAAAGUACUCCACGUACACAAAAUCCCAACACAUUUUCUCUCCCCUCCCACCCACAGACUCUCUCUCUUCCCUCUGCCCAAUAAGGAUACCCCUCUCCUCCGCCACUUCCCAUCCAUGGCCAAGCGUCCCUGCACUGACCAUCUCAUCCUCAACCCUAGCCCUAGCCCUAGGGUUUCAAAAUUCGAUCACAUGGACAUCCUCUUAGAAUCCUUUCUAGGUCUCUCUGAUUCCUCUCCAUCUCUAGGCCUCUCCUUCGAUCGCCUUCUCCAAUCUAGGGCUUCCGAUUCCGACCAGAACGACCUCAUUCAUCGAGCCUUCAACUUAGGAUCGAGCCUUCUCGAAGCCGCUAAAAGAUCUUCCAGAAACCGCUCCUCCACUCAUAACGCCCUCGUUUGGGCCCUUCCUCCUGAUCUCACUAUCAAAGUUUUUUCGAUGCUUGAUACACAAAGUGUAUGCCAUGCUGCAGCCACAUGUUCUUUCUUCCAUAAAUGUGCUAUGGAUCCUUUGUGCUAUGCCAAUAUUGACUUGAUGACAGUAGUUCCAAAGGUCAAUAAUGUGGUUGUUUCUACGAUGAUUCAACGAGCUGGGAAUGUCCUUCAGUCUCUAAAGCUUGGUAUUGCGCCUGGACCAAUUGUGUCACCUGGUUCUUCUCAACCUUUAGUAUAUAACAUCAGGAAUUCUACGGAUGCAUCAGGCUUUUCCUGGAAUGAUAAGAGAUCGAGACAAGGAAAGGAGUCAUCUAUUCUCACAAGGUCCUGCUUGAGUUUUUUGAGUGGGGACAGUGGUGCUCCUGGGGCUCUUUUGAGGAGGUUACACCUUUACAAUAUUGAAAGAAUGGAUAACGCAUCACUUUGUGCAUCAUUGUCAGCCUGCCCAUCUCUUCUUGAUCUUGAGAUUGUUGGCCUUUAUGUUGAACUGAGGCAAACAUUGGAAUCAGUGAGCAAGCACUGUCACUCAAUAGAGCGUUUGUUUUUUGAAUCAUCAAAAACAGGUAGAGAUGACAGUUUGAAAUUUCCAACCUGCAGUGAUUUAGUGAACAAUUGUCCUCAUCUAACUUCCUUGGCGCUUAGAGGAUUUAAGCUGCAAGACUACAAAGUCCGUGUACUUGUCAAGGGUUUUCAGAAACUGAAAUAUGUUGACUUCUCAACAUCCUACUCAAUCUCUGGUGCAUUUCUAAGGAACCUUGGAGGCAGUGCAGGGGGGAACCUUUUGGAGGUUUUAAUGUUACGCGACUGUAUGCAUCUCAAGCAAGUGAGGAUUACAAUCCCCCCCCCC